AUGUUGUACCCCAAAGAAGAUCCCGAUACCCACCGCCUGCAAUUUGCUUGCCGAACCUGCCAAUACUCCGAACAGGCAACCUCGGCUUGCGUCUUCCGCAACGUUCUCAACAACGCCGUUGGUGAGACUGCUGGUGUAACUCAAGACGUCGGAUCUGACCCAACUGUUGGUUUACCCCUCUGUUUGUUGUGUGGCGCUCCGGUCAUCUGCGAGGGUAGAAACAAGGGAAACGAUGAUGGCGCUAUGUCUCAGUAA